AUGGCGCCCUCACAAGCUGCUACAAACACAAAAAGUUUGGUCAGCGCAGCGCCAAGGAGGCCACGCCCACAGCAACGCCGUCGACGCUAUUCCGAUCUCAAUCCCAUUUACUGUCCACACGAUGACAACGAAGUGCAGCCCCAAGGUGAUAUGCGCUCAUUGAGCGACGACUUGAUCCGCUACUCACAAUUGUUGUUGCAACAAAAGCAGCAACUGGAUCAAAAGAAAACCUCCUUUAAUGCCAUACGCGAAGAGCUUAUCGAGCAGAAACAGAAUCAAGGCGCCUUCGUGCAAGCAGAGAAAAUGAUACGCAGUCAAAUAGCCAUAUUGGAGUCCUUCAUGAAGGUGCCACCUGUGAAUGCCAAUGGCACGGGCAGCUGUGCGGCGUCGGCGGCAAAUGUGAGCUGCAGUACGCGUCAGGAGGAGCACGAGCAUAUGCGUGAGAAUUUGUCCAAACUCAAGGCGCAUUUGGAGAUCAUUCUAUCCAAAGAGAGCAGCCUCAAUAUGUAUAUAAAGAUGCGCAAGGAGGAGGAACAAUUGUUGGAGCGACAAAUUAAUGCCACCAAACCGGAGAUACAGGAGCUGUUAAUGCGCAAGGACAAGCUAUGUCAGCGCCUGAAGAGCUUUGGUUUAACCGAAGACGAUCUGAAUACGAUACUGGAUGUGGGCUACGAUGAUUGGAAGGAUCAUUACGAGAAGGUCUCCAAUUUGCCACAUCGCAAUGAGAGCUCGUGGCUACUCAAGGAUUGCAAACGCUCCGAUGCGGAGGAGCUGCUAAAGGGCGCGCCCACGGGCACGUUCUUGAUACGUGCUCGGGAUGUGGGACACUAUGCGUUGUCCAUUGUGUGUCAUCAGGCGCAGGCGGGCCUGCCCGAUAUACAUCAUUGCAUUAUCUUCGAGCAGGAUACGGGCUUUGGCUUUGCCGCUCCGUACAACAUUUAUCCCACGCUGAACAGUCUGGUCGAGCAUUAUGCCUGCAAUUCCCUGGAGGAGCACAACGAUGUCUUGACCACGGUGCUGCGUCUGCCUGUCUACUAUUGGAUACAGAACAAGCAGCUGGUGCUGGAGCAGGAGUUGCCACCGCCCCCCACUGCGAAUAUACCGAUACCUGCAAGCAGCCGAGCAAGGGAGCGGGAGGAUGUUGCGACGAGCAGCAGUUCAUCGCUGUUGAGCAGCAGUGAAACUAAAACGCCACCGACUUCCAUAUCGCCAUCUAAUUUUGGUGGCAGCGGUGGUGGCGGCGGCGGCCAAUAGACUGCCACAAAAACCAAACACAAGCGCUUUCAAGUUCUCUCAUUGCAAAAUAGAAUCCCACAACAGGGUAUUUAUUUAUGUUUUGCAACAAUGCCUGCUCUAAAGCUAUCUCUCUCUCUCUCUCUUAACAAUAUACUUAGGUAUAUGCAUAUAUGUAAUAUUUUUGUUGGUGUGUGUGCGCGUCAGACGUGCACAGCAUAAGCUCCAACCACCCCCCCAAAUCCCCACUCGCUGCCCCUGUAGACGUCUCUAAAGCGUCGCAAAAGAAAGAAAAAAGAAAACUGCAAACGAAACAGAAACAAGUAAUUUGGUGAUCAAUGUUAAUGUUGUUUACACAUACAUAUAUAACUAUAUGUAUUUAGAUAUGCUAUGCUAUACAUGUUUGCGUUUAUUAUAUUUAAACAAAAAUUUAAUUUUUUUUUGUAAUAUUGGGUUCAGAAACCCGCAAUUAAAAUAUUUCUCUCAGGCACUCACGACGCUGUGCGUUAAAUUUUGAGCUGGCUUAGUCGUGUUCAAUGUAAAUAUAUAAAUGAUAUAUAUAUAUACAAGAGUUUAUUUCAAAUAAUUUGU